AUGAAGGGGACUGGACGGUCGUAUUUCAAACCCACAAACUUUGAGCUCCUCAACAUCCUUCACUGGAGACUCGUUAGAGGCAAACGAUGUAGUUUCAUAACCGACAUGCAGAAUCUGUACGAGAGAGCGCCGUGGCUUCUACAGCACGUAAGGCAUGUUAGAUUCCGCGAGAACGAAUGGUUUUACUUCGUCAGGAGGAAUAAACGUCCAGGGAAGCAAAAAGCUGAUUCGACGAGACCGAGCAGAACGGUCGGUGAGUCAGGUAUAUGGAAGACGAGUGGUGUUGUGGCUCAGAUAAAGAAUCAAGAUGGAGCUAACGUCGGUACUAAGAGGCACAUAAGCUUCAAAGCUAACAGUGCAACAGUGAAAGAUGGGAUCACAACUGGUUGGACGAUGCAUGAGUUUGUUUUAGAUGAACCGUGGUUUCAAGAAGUGGUUCUGUGUAGAAUCCGGUUUUGUAAGCGUAAAGACAAUGCUCAAUAUGCUCCAAGAUUCUUACCUAUUGUGAUUGGACGUGAACGGGGAGACAGUAUUCAUCAUGGUGUUGCUGCUGCUGGUGAAGAACUUCAAUACUUGGACGCUCCGGUGGAGACUCAUGAAGCUCAAGGCAUGGAGCAGUGGACUGGAUCUUGUUCUCGCGAGGUUGUCUCAUACUUGUCUCGUCAACAGAUUAUGGUACAAGACUCAAACUAUACAAUAUUGAAUGGAGGAGGUAUGAUGCAACAUCAAGACUUUGGGUCCUAUGGUCAACACUUCUCAGUGAAUGGAAGCAUGGAGAAACACCAAGACUUUGGUUCUUAUGGUCAGCUAUCAGGAGAAUGUUUAGGUCAGCAGCAAAAUCAUAUUCUUGCAGGACAAGCAAUCUAUGUCUCACAUAUGGAGGACCACCAGCAGCAACGCCAUAACCUUUUUGGGGGACAUGUGACGGGUCCUUCACACUCGGCUCAAGCCAUGGAGGAGGAGGAGGGGGAGGAGGAGCAGCAAUGGAAUGGAUAUUUUGGUCCAUACUCGGCUCAACCAUAUGAUCAAGGCAUGAUGGAGAAUCAAGACUUUGGCUCUUCUGCUUUAGGUUUGGCUCAAAAUCAUCAGUGUUUGGGACAGAAAAAUGAUCUCUCAGCUCUUUCAGAACUUGCUGCUCAGCAACAACAUUUAGGAGAAGGCUCAAAAUUAUCUGGCCCUUCACAGGUUCCAGUUAUGAUGAAUCAAGCUUUGGAUCAGGAGGAGCAUCAUGUUCCAUGGUCGGCUCAGCCAAAUGAUCAGUAUAAAGGACAGAACAAUGACCUCCCAACGGUUCCUAUGGAGACUCAGCAACAACAGCAUGAGAAUGUCAUUAUAAACUCAGCUGUGCAGCUACAUCUUGAGGCACAAGACAAUGUUCCUUUGAUAAAUGAAUCCAUGGAAGCACAAGCCACAGAUCUUCCAGUGAACCAAGGUAUAGAUGCGUCACAUGGAGGCAUUGUGGGCUCUCUUACUUACAGCGAAUUGUAUCAAGAAUUUCUUGGAGAGGAAGAGAUGGGUUCAGAGAUGGAUAACAUUUGGAAUGACUUUUUGAAUGAGGAAUGGGUUCAAAAGCUUGGAAAAAACACACCAGAAGAAGAAGCUGAGUUAAUGGCUGAUCUCACAAACUGUGAAACUUUUGAGUCUUUCUUGGACUCCUUAUUGCCCAACUAA